GCUGCGAGAGGGGCGGUUGCUGGGGGAGGGGGCGCGGGGUGAUUCAGCGCCCGGCGAGGCGGAAGCGGCCGGAGUAGGAGGAGGGGGGAGAGGCCAGUCCGCGCCUGGGCGCCCGGGGUGGCACGAGCCCGCGGCCCGAGUGCGAGGCGGAGGCGAGGAGGCCGCGGGGACUGGAGGCGAGGCCGGCCGGGCCCCCGCAGCCAUGGAGAACGCGCACACAAAGACGGUAGAGGAAGUGCUGGGUCACUUCGGCGUCAACGAGAGCACAGGGCUGAGCCUGGAGCAGGUCAAGAAGCUCAAGGAGAGAUGGGGCUCCAACGAGUUACCGGCUGAAGAAGGAAAAACCUUGCUGGAACUUGUGAUUGAGCAGUUUGAAGACUUACUAGUUAGAAUUUUAUUGUUGGCAGCAUGUAUAUCUUUUGUUUUGGCUUGGUUUGAAGAAGGUGAAGAAACAAUUACAGCUUUUGUAGAACCCUUUGUGAUUUUACUUAUAUUAGUAGCCAAUGCAAUUGUGGGUGUAUGGCAGGAAAGAAAUGCUGAAAAUGCAAUCGAAGCCCUUAAGGAGUAUGAGCCUGAAAUGGGCAAAGUGUAUCGACAAGACAGGAAGAGUGUACAGCGGAUUAAAGCUAAAGACAUAGUUCCUGGUGAUAUUGUAGAAAUUGCUGUUGGUGACAAAGUUCCUGCUGAUAUAAGAUUAACUUCCAUCAGAUCUACUACUCUAAGAGUUGACCAGUCAAUUCUCACAGGUGAAUCUGUCUCUGUCAUCAAGCACACUGACCCCGUCCCUGACCCACGGGCUGUCAAUCAAGAUAAGAAGAACAUGCUCUUUUCUGGUACAAACAUUGCUGCUGGCAAAGCCAUGGGAGUGGUGGUGGCAACUGGAGUUAACACUGAAAUUGGCAAGAUCCGGGAUGAAAUGGUGGCCACGGAACAGGAGAGAACACCCCUCCAGCAGAAACUAGAUGAGUUUGGGGAACAGCUGUCCAAAGUCAUCUCCCUUAUAUGCAUUGCGGUCUGGAUCAUAAACAUUGGACACUUCAAUGACCCAGUUCAUGGAGGCUCCUGGAUCAGAGGUGCUAUUUACUACUUUAAAAUUGCUGUGGCCCUGGCUGUAGCAGCCAUUCCUGAAGGUCUGCCUGCUGUCAUCACCACCUGUCUGGCUCUUGGAACUCGCAGAAUGGCAAAGAAAAAUGCCAUUGUUCGAAGUCUCCCUUCCGUGGAAACCCUUGGUUGUACUUCUGUUAUCUGCUCAGACAAAACUGGUACACUGACAACGAACCAGAUGUCAGUCUGCAGGAUGUUCAUUCUGGACAAAGUUGACAGUGAUACUUGUUCCCUUAAUGAGUUUACCAUAACUGGAUCAACAUAUGCACCUAUCGGAGAAAUACAUAAAGAUGAUAAGCCAGUGCAGUGUCAUCAAUACGAUGGUCUGGUGGAACUGGCAACAAUCUGUGCUCUCUGCAACGACUCUGCUUUGGAUUACAAUGAGGCGAAGGGUGUGUAUGAAAAAGUUGGAGAAGCUACAGAGACUGCUCUCACUUGCCUGGUAGAGAAGAUGAAUGUAUUUGAUACUGAAUUGAAGGGUCUUUCUAAAAUAGAACGAGCAAAUGCCUGCAACUCGGUCAUUAAACAGUUGAUGAAAAAAGAAUUUACUCUCGAGUUUUCACGCGAUAGAAAAUCGAUGUCGGUUUACUGUACACCAAACAAACCAAGCCGGACAUCGAUGAGCAAAAUGUUUGUGAAGGGUGCCCCCGAAGGUGUCAUUGACAGGUGUACCCACAUUCGAGUUGGAAGUACUAAAGUCCCCAUGACUCCUGGAGUCAAACAGAAGAUCAUGUCUGUCAUUCGGGAAUGGGGCAGUGGCAGCGACACACUGCGAUGCCUGGCUCUGGCCACUCACGACAACCCACUGAGAAGAGAAGAGAUGAACCUGGAGGACUCUGCCAACUUUGUUAAAUACGAGACCAAUCUGACUUUCGUUGGCUGUGUGGGCAUGCUGGACCCUCCGAGAAUUGAAGUGGCCUCUUCUGUGAAGCUGUGCCGGCAGGCAGGCAUCCGGGUCAUCAUGAUCACGGGUGACAACAAGGGCACCGCUGUGGCCAUCUGCCGGCGCAUUGGCAUCUUCAGGCAGGACGAGGAUGUGACGUCAAAGGCCUUCACGGGUCGGGAGUUUGAUGAGCUCAGUCCUCCAGCCCAAAGAGAAGCCUGCUUGAAUGCCCGCUGUUUCGCUCGAGUUGAACCUUCCCACAAGUCUAAAAUUGUAGAAUUUCUUCAGUCUUUUGAUGAGAUUACAGCCAUGACUGGAGACGGUGUGAAUGAUGCUCCUGCUCUGAAGAAAUCUGAAAUCGGCAUUGCCAUGGGCUCUGGCACCGCGGUGGCUAAAACCGCCUCUGAGAUGGUCCUGGCUGAUGACAACUUCUCCACCAUCGUGGCUGCCGUGGAGGAGGGACGGGCGAUAUACAACAACAUGAAGCAGUUUAUCCGCUACCUCAUCUCGUCCAAUGUCGGGGAAGUUGUUUGUAUUUUCCUAACAGCAGCCCUUGGAUUUCCUGAGGCUUUAAUUCCUGUCCAGCUGCUCUGGGUCAAUCUGGUGACAGAUGGCCUGCCUGCCACUGCACUGGGGUUCAAUCCUCCUGAUCUGGACAUUAUGAACAGACCACCCCGGAACCCAAAGGAACCACUGAUCAGUGGGUGGCUCUUUUUCCGUUACCUGGCUAUUGGCUGUUAUGUUGGCGCUGCUACCGUGGGUGCUGCUGCGUGGUGGUUCAUUGCUGCUGAGGGUGGUCCGAGAGUGUCCUUCUACCAGCUGAGCCAUUUCCUACAGUGUAAAGAGGACAACCCGGACUUUGAAGGAGUGGAUUGUACAGUCUUUGAAUCCCCGUACCCAAUGACAAUGGCGCUCUCUGUUCUAGUAACCAUAGAGAUGUGCAACGCCCUCAACAGCUUGUCUGAAAACCAGUCCCUGCUGAGGAUGCCCCCUUGGGAGAACAUUUGGCUCGUGGGCUCCAUCUGCCUGUCCAUGUCACUCCAUUUCUUAAUCCUCUACGUGGAACCCUUGCCACUUAUCUUCCAGAUCACACCACUGAAUUUGACCCAGUGGCUGAUGGUGCUGAAAAUCUCCUUGCCUGUGAUUCUAAUGGAUGAGACCCUCAAGUUUGUGGCCCGCAACUACCUAGAACCUGGUAAAGAGUGUGUGCAGCCUGCCACCAAAUCCUGCUCGUUCUCAGCAUGCACCGAUGGGAUCUCCUGGCCCUUUGUGCUGCUCAUAAUGCCCCUGGUGAUCUGGGUCUAUAGCACAGACACUAACUUUAGUGAUAUGUUCUGGUCUUGACUGACAGUUUUGCAUAAAGGUGAUGUUUAACUUAAUCAAUUAAUUUUUUUUAUUGUUUAAAGCAACUGUCUAUUUCUGCUGAAUUUUCACAUGAACAUACUGGCUGGUGAAGGAGGUUUCAUACUCUAGAUUUUGUUUUGCUUUUUCUGACUCCAGUGGGGCAAGAUUUUCCUUUUUUAUACACAUAAUUAAAGUGUCCAUUGACAUGUACAGAGAACUAACACUAUUUUAUGCAAAUAUUUUUUUGUAGAUGAAAAAGCAUGUACAGUGUUCUGUUUAAUACUCAUCCUUGUAUAAAAAAAAAUAGUUGAGCCAGCAGACAUUGUCAGCAAAUUAAUUGGCAGCAGAUUUUAGGAAAUGAAUGUGUGUGGUUUUUUUCUAAAACUAAAUAGCAUGUAUUGUGUCUUUUGCAUGAUCAUCUGGAUUUAAUCUGAGAUCACAGUCUAAUUUUUAUUCAUAAGCCAAUUUUUCUGCACUAAGCAGAGUACUGCUACCUCAGUCAGUAUUUUUUUUUUGGUUUGCCCCCACCCCCACCCCUUCACCCCUUGACCCUUGUUCACCUCCACCCCACCUCCACCCCCACCCCGCUCGGCUGCUUCUCCUGUAGGGUUUUGAUGGUUCUGUUUACAUCAGUCUUAACAAGAGGUAUGCUUGUUCUCGCUUGUGCAGAAAACAUUGUUCCAGAUUCAAUCGACUGGGUUCAUGUCCCCUCACAUAGUUUUUAAGGUUAUUUAUUUAAAUGUCUCAUGUAUUUUAUUGUAACAGACAUUGUUUUGCCAACAUUGCCUAUUUCAGUGGCACUUCACAAUCUAGUUUAAAAAGAAAAAUAAAACAUUUUAAAUGGACAGAGAAAAAUAA